UUUUUUUUUUUUUCCAUCGUUCCACAUUACAUAACCUUACUUGUAUUACAAUCAAUUUCUGAUCGCCAUUAGGAGGAGAGCAAUCAUCAUGACAGCUGGUUCAUAUCUCAAGCAAUUAAUCAAUCCUGCACCCAGGACAGAUGAUCCCAAAAAAUGGUCAAAAAGCAAGAAAAACACCGUUGUGAUCAUUAUUGGCUAUUGUGCUUUUGUGGCUCCGCUAGCUUCCAGUAUUUACAUGCCCGCGGUCUUGCAAGUCAAGAACGAUUUGAAUACGACUCCAUCGCUCGUCAGUGCAACCUUAUCUGUCUAUGUCCUCUUUUUGGGAAUCAUGCCCGUGUUCUGGGCCUCGCUCUGUGAUUACUAUGGACGACGACCGAUCUACCUUAUCUCCAUGUUGAUCUUCAUCCUGGGCUCACUCUUUGCAGCCAUUGCUCACAAUAUCUGGGUCUUCUUUGUGAUGCGUGCCAUCCAAGCGUUCGGAGCCAGCUCCGUCCUGUCUGUCGGAGGCGGUUCCUUAAGUGAUGUGUUCUACAGCAGUGAACGCGGUACAGCCUUUGGACUAUACUAUCUAGGACCACUUAUCGCACCCAUGGUUGGCCCUAUCAUUGGAGGAGUUGUUGCAGACAAGGCUGGCUGGAGAACCACGAUGUGGCUUCUUUUGGCAACAGCGAUCGUCGCCUUUUUGCUCGUCCUGUUCGUCCUUCCAGAGACAUACCGCCAUCACAUUGAUGAGCCCACGACAAUGACGGAGGAAAGUGACAAUAGCCAGACGAAUCAGUCAGAUAUUACUCAUGUUGCUGGCAAACUAUCGCUUCAUAGUGAAACAGAUGAACCAUCCUCAACACCAACAUCAUCCCCUGCUACACGUUGCACACCUAGUCUCAAGAGUCCCUCCAUCGGCCUUUCACGCAAGGCAUCUACCGUAGGUCGACUUUCUGUCCACAGCUUCCACAGCAAUCAUAGUCGUCGCAGUGUAGUCACACCAAUGGAAAGUGCUAUGGAAUACAUUGUACCCAACAUCAUCCCUCCUCAUCUGGUAGAGGAAGAAGAACAGCGUAGAGCGGAGAUGGACUCCAUGACUGAGGGCAAUUCAAACGCUGUAGAGACCAGAGAUGAGGCUGUUGAGGCCGAAAACCAAAAGACGGUCAGUACCGGCAGUAUUAUGGAUUGCCACUCUACAACAGCAGGAGAUCGCCAUGUGGUUUUCCCAGAAGAAAAGCAAGAGAUCAACACGAAUGAGAAGUAUUCUCAUAGCAGUGAUGAAAAGAGGUUUGAGGAUGGAGAGUUAGCAGAGAAAUCAAUCAUUGACGGGACUACUACUACUCCUACUGCUGUUGCUACUACUACUUCUACCACGGCACCUACGGCUACAGUUCUUGUUCCUCCAAAGCGAAAAUCAUUUAAUCCUUUACGACCAUUAUUAUGCCUUCGUUCGCCUACCAAUGCCCUCUUGGUCACCUUCAACGGAUUAUCCCUGGCAGCUCAGUUUUGUAUGAACAACACCAUGCCGAUCUCGUUCCACGAAGUGUACGGUAUGUCAGAGACUACCAUUGGACUUGUUUUCUGCGCAGGAGGAUUCGGAUCCAUCGUUGGAUCCAUCGUUGGUGGCAGAUACUCGGAUUAUGUGAUGCGUCGCUGGUUGGUCAAACAUGAGCUGAGGCGACAGAGGGAGUUGAGGGAUCGUGAGGCGAUGUUUGGAGCUGGACAUGGAUCUCGCCCAAGCAGCAGUAACGGCUCUACGCCUGUCAAGGAGAUUACUGAAAAGGAUGUUGUCAUUGAUGUGACCAUGCGCGCUCCACCGGAAAUCCGUCUUCGCAGUGUAUGGUUAGGUGUUUUCUUGUUACCACUUGGUCUCAUGCUUUUUGGUUGGUCAAUUCAGAAUCGACUUGCACUUGGUUCAGCGGUCGUCGGGAUCUUCUUUGUAGGAUUUGGGAUGAUGAUGGUUUACUCUAGCACGACCACAGCGCUCGUGGAUGCAAACUCUCAGAACAACAUGGCUACCUCUGCAGUGGCCUGCAACAGUCUUGCUCGAGGCGUCACCGGUGCCAUUGGAGGAUUUACAGCCCUCCCCCUGUUGGGGGCCAUGGGCAGUGGAUGGCUCUACACAUUCUGGGCCCUCAUGACCUUGUUGGGUUCCAUUGGCUUGGUUGUCCUUUUGGUGAAGGCUAAAACAUGGAGAGAACAAGAAGCCGUCGCAGAAAAAGUGGUUGAUCGCGUUUAAAAAAAACACUUUUUCUUUGUAUUUAGAGCAUUUUCAUUUAUGCAUAUUUUUUUUUUUUUUAUUUCGCAUCC